GCAAUGAUUGGUUCAUUGUUACAGCCUUUAUUUUUGAUUGGUUUAGCGGCUUGCAGAAAAUAAAGGAGUUUAUCUAACGCGAGUAGUAUUUGGUUAUUUGACCGUCAUUGAUGGAAAAUCUGGAGUCCCUCAGCCCAGCAGCAUUUUAUGGAUCACCUUUAUGAAGAAACACUGUUACAAUGGGACAGAGUACCUCGGAACAAGAGGUCCAAACAAAUGGCCCAGAGGACAAGUUUAAAGAUAUCAAGACAUUUGUGGAGGAAGAACUCCAGACCAGCAUGAUGAUGGGGAUUGUAAUUGGUGCUGGCGUUGCCAUAAUCCUCAUCGCCAUCCUCAUUUUCUUCAUCCUACGGCGGAUCCACCUUCGAAACUUAGAAGCACAGGAGGCUCCCAAGUAUCGCUUUCGUAAGAGGGACAAAGUCAUGUUCUAUGGACGGAAGAUCAUGCGUAAAGUCUCCCAGUCUACCUCCUCACUAGUGGGUACCUCCUCCUCCUCUCGACCACGCCUGAAAAAGAAGCAGAAGAUGCUAAACAUUGCCAAAAAGAUCCUCCGGUUUAAGAAGGAAGUGCCUACAUUGCAGGCCAAGGAGCCUCCUCCCUCCGUACUGGAGGCAGACCUUACUGAGUUUGACGUGGCCAACUCUCACCUUCCGUCUGAGGUGCUUUAUAUGCUUAAAAAUGUCCGUGUACUGGGCCACUUUGAGAAGCCGCUCUUUCUAGAGCUCUGUAAGCAUAUGGUAUUUGUACAGUUCCAACAAGGGGAGUAUGUCUUCAGGCCGGGCCAGCCGGACAGCAGCAUCUACGUGGUUCAAGAUGGAAAACUAGAAUUGUGCCUUACUGGAACGGAUGGCAAAGAAAGUGUGGUGAAGGAGGUUUUCCCUGGAGACAGUGUCCACAGCCUCCUUAGCAUUCUGGAUGUCAUUACGGGCCACCAGAAACCUUACAGGACAGUGUCGGCACGGGCUGCUGAGGUUUCCACUGUUCUUCGUUUACCAGUAGAGGCCUUCUUGUCUAUAUUUGACAAGUACCCUGAGAGCUUGGUGCGGGUAGUACAGAUUAUCAUGGUUCGUCUUCAGAGAGUAACAGUUUUAGCCUUGCACAACUACUUGGGCCUAACAAACGAGCUCUUCAGCCAUGAAUUGCAUCCGUCACGUCAGCCCCCUCCAUCUCCUCACCCGACCCGUGCCAGUCCCAUCCGCCACGGCAAGCGCUUUGGCAGCCUGACAGUGCCUGAGGAGCAACGCGAAGCUGCAAUAAAAGGUGAUUUGACUGCAGAUCAAGCAAAGGAUGGAGUUACUCUGAGUAGGACCAUCUCCAUGCCUGUGGAUAUUGCUGCUAUACAGAAAGGUCUGAGAUCAGACUUUGACAUGGCAUAUGAAAGAGGACGGAUAUCUGUGUCUGCAGAAGAUGGCAACACCCCACCCAAUUUUACUCGGUCAAUCUCACAGGACCAGCGAGAGAGGAAGGUGACUGUGGAUGAGGUUCCUUCAGGGAUAUACCUUUAUCCAGAGGAAGAGACAGGAGUGGACAAUAUUUUCACAACUAUAACCUGUCGAUCCAGUUCAGCGUUGUUUGAGGAAGCUCAGAAAGAGGUCCUAAAGCUUAUGAGGAUUGAGGACCCCUCUCUGUUAAAUGGAAAAGUUACCUUACAUCAUGCUAAAGCUGGAGCUGUCUUGGCCAGACAGGGAGACCAGGAUGUGAGUCUGCACUUUGUUCUGUCUGGUUGCCUGCAUGUCUAUCAGCGGAUGAUAAAUAAGCAAGAAGCUGUCUGCCUGUUUGUGACCCACCCAGGAGAGAUGGUGGGACAGCUCGCUGUGCUUACUGGCGAGCCUCUCAUUUUCACCAUUAAGGCCAUUCGAGACUGUACUUACCUCAAGAUAUCAAAAUCGGAUUUCUAUGAGAUUAUGAGGGAGCAGCCCAGUGUGGUGUUGAGUGCAGCACACACUGUGGCCAUCCGGAUGUCACCAUUUGUCAGACAGAUGGACUUUGCUAUUGACUGGAUGGCUGUGGAAGCAGGUAGAGCCCUCUACAGACAAGAUGAUCGGUCAGACUGCACAUAUAUUGUUCUGAACGGACGUCUGCGUUCAGUCAUCCGGAAGGCAAAUGGCAAGAAAGAGCUUGUAGGGGAAUACGGAAGAGGAGACCUCAUAGGAGUGGUGGAGGCAUUGACCAGACAGCCCAGAGCAACCACUGUGCAUGCUGUAAGAGACACUGAACUGGUCAAGCUGCCCGAGGGAACACUCAACAACAUAAAAAGAAGAUAUCCUCAGGUGGUGACGAGGUUGAUCCACUUAUUGGGCCAGAAAAUUCUGGGGAACCUUCAGCAGGGUCGUGGACCAUUCUCAGGCUCAACCCUGAGUCUUCCAAGUAUGACCACCAGUGCUGAUGUAACCAACCCUGCCAGCAACCUUUCUACUGUGGCUGUAUUACCAGUAUGUGAUGAAGUGCCAAUCAAUGCGUUCAACCUGGAGCUCAGCCAUGCCCUCAGUGCCAUCGGGCCAACUUUGCUAUUGACCAGUGACAUAAUCAGAGAACGACUUGGAGCAUCUGCAUUAGACAGCAUCCAUGAGUACCGCCUCUCUGGCUGGCUGGCCCAGCAGGAAGACAUCAAUCGAAUUGUCUUGUACCAGACAGACAACAGUAUGACGCCAUGGACUCAGCGCUGCAUUCGGCAGGCAGAUUGCAUCCUUAUUGUUGGCUUGGGAGAGCAGGAACCUACCUUAGGAGAGUUGGAGCAGAUGCUGGAGAACACAGCAGUCCGUGCAUUGAAACAGCUCAUACUUCUUCACAGAGAGGAUAGUCCUGGUCCUUCCAGGACAGUUGAGUGGCUUAACAUGCGUAGCUGGUGCUCAGGGCAUCUUCACCUGAAAUGCCCUCGUAGGGUCUUUUCCAGACGCAGCCCCAGCAAACUGAGAGACGUUUACGAAAAGGUUUUUGAGAAAACAGCUGAUAGACACAGUGAUUUUUCUCGGCUGGCCCGAGAGCUGACUGGUAACAGCAUAGCCCUUGUGCUGGGAGGAGGUGGGGCAAGAGGUUGUUCUCACGUGGGUGUCAUUAAAGCUAUGGAGGAAGCGGGGAUUCCCAUUGACAUUGUUGGCGGAACAUCUAUUGGUUCGUUUAUUGGUGCGCUGUACGCUGAGGAGAGAAGUGCUGUCAGAACCAAGCAGAGAGCUAGAGAGUGGUCAAAGGCCAUGAACUCUGUAUUCAAAACAGUCCUGGACCUGACCUAUCCCAUCACCUCCAUGUUCUCCGGCUCGGCAUUCAACACCAGCAUCUACAAAGUUUUUCAGGACAAGCAAGCUGAGGAUUUGUGGCUGCCAUAUUUCAACGUCACUACAGAUAUCACAGCAUCUGCUAUGCGUGUUCACCAGGAUGGUUGCGUCUGGCGGUAUGUUAGAGCCAGCGCCUCCUACACCCCUUAUUUACCUCCCCUCUGCGACCCCAAGGAUGGCCACUUGCUUGUGGACGGUUGCUAUGUAAACAAUGUCCCAGGCUCUCUGUGGCGCUAUGUUCGGGCGAGCAUGACCCUAUCCGGGUACCUGCCGCCUCUCUGCGACCCCAAAGAUGGGAACUUGCUUAUGGAUGGUGGCUACAUCAACAACCUGCCAGCGGAUAUUGCGAGGAACAUGGGCGCCAAAACAGUCAUUGCCAUCGACGUGGGCAGCCAGGAUGAGACAGACCUCUGUAACUAUGGCGACUGUCUGUCUGGCUGGUGGUUGCUGUGGAAACGAAUCAAUCCCUGGGCUGAAAAAGUCAAGGUGCCAGAUAUGGCAGAGAUCCAGUCUCGGUUGGCCUACGUGUCUUGUGUGCGGCAAUUAGAGGUGGUGAAGAAGAGUGCUUAUUGCGAGUACAUUCGACCGCCCAUUGAUCGUUUCAAGACCAUGGACUUUGGAAAGUUUGAUGAGAUUUAUGAUGUGGGCUUCCAGCACGGUAAGCUGGUGUUCACCGGAUGGGCCCGAGGUGACAUCAUUGAAAACAUGCUGAGGGACCACCGAUCGGCUGACUACAAUGACAGCAAAAGAGUUGAUUCAUGCACAUGUCAAGGAGCUGACUUCACAGAUCUUGCAGAGAUUGUAUCCAGAAUAGAGCCAGUCCAAAACUACGUUUCUGCUGAAGCGGAGGAGUCGGACUGUCUGACGGAAUAUGAGGAGGAUGGGAUGGACACUGUGAGAGAGGAGGAAGGGCAGGAGGAGGAAGAAGAGGCAGACGACCUAGAGGACCAGUCCCCCGGAGAGUGGGGACCAAACGGAAUCUUCCAGACUGAUGAGGAGAAAUCUGUGAGGCAACGCAAGCAACUUACAAGUGACACCUCUGAUUGCUGACAAAAAGCUACAGCAGAAAAUUUUGAAGUGGAUCAUCAAGGGCCAAAAAAGAAACAAGCAAACCAACAAUGUGCUCCACUCCAGAUUUUUCUGGAAUUGCUUUUUUUUUUUUUUUUUUUUAAAUAAAUCUUGAACUCAUCCCCAAAGCUGUCUCAGCACCCCUGACUUAACCACAAGUGUCUGUUUCUUUCAAUUCCACAAGGAGCAAAGCGGAUUUCUCAAAAAUGGAUAUUAAAGGAUCCCUCUCAUUUCAAGCACUCUCCUGGCUCCAGUACUCCUACUCUGAAGGACUCCAAUAACCAAACCCACACAGGAGGACCUUUCACAACAGUGUUUGGCUAAGAAAUGGUUGGAAUUACACUUUACUGCAUGCCUCCAGAGUAUUUAUAUGCAGUGUGUGUGUCUGGGAUACCUCAAUGUUGAAAUACUGUAGUACCAGGACACUGGAAGAUGGCUAUGUCCAGAAACUGCAGGAGGAAUAAAAUGCUGCUGACAGCUUUACAUUUUUCACUUUUUGAAAGCAUUUCAAGUCACAUCAGGAAAGGUUGUAAGUUUUCCGAAGACCAUGAACUGGAUAUUUAAAGUCAAAGCCGAGAAAAGGACUUUGGGCCUUUUUCAAAUGUGUCUGCAAGGAAGUUAUAAAAACAAAACACACGAUGGACCAGUAAGUGAGUGUUAAUUUAGUUUAUUGAAAACUGGCAGCUCGCUUUUAGUAAUUGUAAGAGAAGAGAAGAGAGAAUUUUGAACUUUGGAUUGAUUGGGCUGCUUCAAGUGAUCCAAGUGGUUUGGGUGACAAAAUGCAGCCAAUAUCCAGGUGUUCCAUCCCUCUACCCCUUUUUUCAGAAAAUGUCCAUUUUCAUCUUGAAGGUACAGAAUCUCCCUGUAGCUUAUGGUCAUACUGUACGAGUAAAUCAAAAGCACGCUGAUUAAGAAUCACCUCGUUAAACUAAAAUGAUCUGGACUACCUUGUUUUGAUAGUCAUACAUUUAUGUGAGGUGUACAUUUCUGAUACUUAGUUGUAAAACCGACAUCCAAAGAAAGGUGAUGUCAAAAAAAUGAACAGUUUAUUUGCUAGGUCUUUUUAUUUUUUAAACUGGUUUGACUUUAUGAGCUACUGAUUUUAAUUUGUGUAUUUUUGUGAAUCCCCUUAAGUUGUGAUGGGGGUUUUAAUUUGCUUUGAAUGGUACCUGAAAUGGUGACAAUAUCCCUUGCUCAUCAAAUACUUGAUUUUAAUUCAUUAUUCAUGUUAAGAUCCUGAAGUAGCAAACAUCAGAAGAUAAAGAUUAAGAAUUAUUUAAUAUGCACAUUGGAAAAUAAACAUGCAUAAUGCGA